AUGGGCAAAAGAACUUAUGCGUUUAUUUUUGCUCUUCACGCUCUCUCCAUCUUUCAGUUUCGACCUUCAUUUUUGCUUACGUUUUCUUUCUUUACUUUUGUUUUGAAAGUCUUUCUUCAAAUGUUUGCUUUUAUUUCCUUACUUAUCUUUUCGUUCUUUUUUCUCCACAGCAUAAAGGUCAACAUCUUUAAAUCGGCUUCUCAUUCAUUUCUUUCUUUUAAACAACCUAUUUUCUUCAAGUUCAAUCGAUCUCGCCUUCAAUCGAUUUCUUUUUCUUUUUCUUCUUAUUCUUCAUCCUCAAUCGAUGUAUUUCUCUUCUUCUUCAAUCGAAUUUUCUUCCCUUUCAAAAGAUUUUUCUUCUUUUUCAAAAGAUUUCUUCUUUUUCUCCUUCAAUCCAUUUCUUCUUCUUCUUCUGCUUCAAUCCAUUUCUUCUUCUCCGUCUUCUUCUUCAAUCAAUUUCUCCUCCUUCUUCUUCAAACCAUUUCUUCUUGUACUUUUUCUUCUUCAAUCCUAUUUCUUCUUCUUUUACAAUCCAUUUCUUCUAUUUCUCCUUCAAUCCAUUUCUUCUUCUUCGUCUUCUUUUUCAAUACAUUUCUCUUUCUUCUUCUUCAAUCCAUUUCUUCUUCUUCAGUCCACUUCUUCUUCCUUUUCUUCAACCGAUUUCUUCUUCUUUUUCUCCUUCAAUCCAUUUUUUCUUCUUCAAUCCAUUCUUCUUCUUCUUCUUCUUCUUCUUCUUCUUCUUCUUCUUCAAUCCAUUUCAUCUUUCUACUCAAUACAUUUCUACUUCAAUCGAUUUUUCUUCGUCUUCAAUCAAUUUCAUUUUUUCUUUUUCUUCUUCUAUCGAUUUUUAUCCUUUUCAAUCGAUUUCUUCUUCAACCGACUUUCUUCUUUUUCAAUCAUGUUCUGUUUCUUCCUCUUCGGUCGAUUGCUUAUUCUUCUUCAAUCGAUUGUUUCUUCUUCGCUUUCAGUCGAUUUCUUGUUUUUCAAUCGAUUUUCUUCUCUUCCAAUCGAUUUCUUUUUCCUUAA